CCCACCCGGCCUCCCCUGCUAGCUAACAGGCUAGGCUAGCUCUGUUAGCUCCUCUCCUCAGUGUUCAUAGUUGAGACGCACCGGCUCCAUCAACAUCACGGUGCUGUGAGGAACCCGCUCUGUAACCCUUCACACCCGGACCCGGACAGACCGCCGACACACACCGAAGGGACACGAAGUUUAGGCGACACGUUAUCAAAUAACUGAAGAUGAUUAAGCUCUUUUCUCUGAAGCAGCAGAAGAAAGACGAGGAAUCUGCUGGAGGAAACAGAACAGGAGCCGGGGGUAAAAAAGCCAGCGCGGCCCAGCUCCGAAUACAGAAAGACAUCAAUGAGCUGAACCUGCCAAAGACGUGUGAGAUCAACUUCCCUGAUGACGAUGACCUCCUCAACUUCAGACUCAUCAUCUCGCCAGACGAGGUAGGACAGGGUUACCCCCACGACCCCCCCAAGGUAAAAUGUGAGACGAUGGUGUAUCACCCCAACAUCGACCUGGAGGGAAACGUCUGCCUAAAUAUCUUAAGAGAGGACUGGAAGCCCGUACUGACGAUAAACUCCAUCAUCUACGGUCUACAGUAUCUAUUUCUAGAGCCUAACCCCGAGGACCCGUUGAACAAGGAGGCAGCAGAAGUCCUGCAGACGAACCGGCGGCUCUUUGAGCAGAACGUCCAUCGUUCUCUGAGGGGCGGCUACGUGGGCGCCACCUACUUCGAGAGGUGUCUUAAAUAACUCGACGUCCCAAGAUUCUCCAGACCCCCCCCCCCCGACACUUUUCACCUCCCUACCCCUCCCUCUGCCUCCCCCCUCCUCCCCCCUUUUACUCCUCAGUCCUGCUCGUUGGCAGAAGCAGGAGCUGUGGCGACAGAAAGCAGCACGCCAGAAGACGCUUUUCUGUUUUAAAACACAAGACAAAGAAGAACCCCCUCCCCUUCUUCCUUCUCCCCUCCCCCUCCUCCCCCCGUCCUCCCAUAUCUCUCUGUUUUACUUCCAAGAUGCAGCAUUCGACCAUUUACACACCACAGGGGGACGCCGAGACAACACACACCAGAACUGGACUUGAAAAGAUGGCUGACAGCGAAUGGCGGCGGCCGAGCAUGAUGAUACAGGACGGGUGGAGGGGAGGAGGGGGGAGGGUCCAGGUGUGGGUGGUCAGUGAAUGUUGCUCAGGUGAGUCAGUGAUUCAGAGAGCGACGCUGAUGAUGCUGAUGACCACGUGAUUUCCUUUUAUUUUAUUUUUUUGUUUUGUGUGAGUGGCAAAGAUGCCUGCAUCAGACAGGCGGUCUGAAGGACACGCCCCCCUCCCUCCCGCUCGCCACCUUUUGUUUGUCCGUAACACGUCAGCUGGCAGCAAACUCCAAACUCAUGAACGCCGUUCCUCACAAACAUCAACAAUAAUGGUGCCCCUCCUAUUCAGUCUGGGUGGGAGGGGCUUGCUGGUAUGGGAGUGGUCAGAGUGGGAGGGGCUUGUGAGUCAGGCACGCCUUAACACAGUUUUCAGCCUGCGGUGACUCAGCAGCAGUCAGUAUGAUGAUGUCAGCGCUGGAGGGAGGGGCUAGUGAACCGCUGUGGGAGGAGCUUGUCUGAGUGGAAGCAGGUGCGCCUUAAAGUAAGACCUUGAUAGUUUUCAGCCUGCAGUGACUCCACAGACAUAACGGCGUCCAUGUGGAGGGAGGGGCCUCAGAUUUAUUCUCAAACUACAGUAACUAUACAGGUUAACUGGAACAUGAUUGGCUGCAGGUGGAGGUGUACACGGCGAAUGGCGUUCAGCUGCCGAAUCAGUUUGGAGUUUGCUGCUAAAUCACACUCAGCGUCAGGGGGCGUGGCGUCAUGUCAUGGGGGCGGGGCUGUUGUGGG